AGCACAGCGAAGCAAAGCUGAGCUCUUUGAUUAGCCGCCAAGCUUUGCUUCUUCACGCGUCAUCGGUCGUAUCGUAUAAACAGACGACGAAGAAGAAGAAAAAGAGGCGACUUUGCCGAUUGAUUCCCCUUUGCUUCUUCCUCUCUUCUCCCCUUCCGAGGCGCCGCUUUGUUUUUGAAUCUCACCUCUGUUUCUCCGAAUCCCCAAGCAAGGGAAGCCAUGGCUAGCAUCGAGUACGAUUACCUCUUCAAGCUGCUCCUCAUCGGCGACUCCUCCGUCGGCAAGUCCUGCCUCCUCCUCCGAUUCGCCGACGAUGCGUACGUGGAUACCUACAUCAGUACAAUCGGUGUUGAUUUUAAAAUCCGGACUGUCGAGCUCGAUGGGAAGUCAGUGAAGCUACAGAUCUGGGACACAGCUGGCCAGGAAAGGUUCAGGACAAUAACAAGCAGUUACUAUCGAGGAGCUCAUGGAAUCAUUAUUGUAUAUGACGUGACAGAUAUGGAAAGCUUCAACAAUGUCAAGCAGUGGUUGAGUGAGAUCGACAGGUAUGCCAGUGACAGUGUAUGCAAGCUUCUAGUCGGGAACAAAUGUGAUUUGGUUGAUAGUAAGGUCGUUGAUACAGAGGAGGCCAAGGCUUUAGCAGACUCACUAGGAAUGACUUUUCUUGAGACAAGUGCAAAGGAAUCCAUCAAUGUGGAGAAAGCUUUCUUAACCAUGUCAUCAGAAAUCAAGAAAAGGAUGGCAACCCAACCUGCGGCGGAGAGGAAACCAACCGUCCAUCUUCACGGGAAAGGCCAGCCGAUUCAGCAGGAGAAGAGUAGCUGCUGCUCCUCAUAAGCUCAUCAGCACUCAGUUCCUUUCUUUCAUGAUAUAUGGUUGAGUGGUUGGAGGCUGGAAGAUAUUCAUCAAAGGCUAGAGAAGGCACUGAACUGGAUACUGAAUACAGAAAUUCUAAAGAUAGUUUGUGCAACUACUUAUUGUUAAUUACUCACAACAGUUUGAGUCUGUUAUUCAAUCUCAGUUACUUAUUUCACCGUAUUAGGCGUAUUUGAUGGACUUCUGUAUGUAGAAAAAAAUUACAUGAAAUCUGGUGGAUGCAAAGCUUGUCAAUCAUCA